AUGGAACAGUCAACGGCGAACUUGAACUCCUUCAAAAUCGCUCAAAAAACCGCUUUUGAGGUAAAAGGACGACUAUGUACCACAGGUAAGGUAAUUCAACGUUUAUUUAUCAUUGAUUUAUAUACAUAAUUAGCGAUAUAUCGCCAUAGGUGAAGCAAACGGUAAAUCCAGUACAUUUACUAUAAAAUAACAAUCACAAACACAAACAGAUUGUGUGGGCGCCCUGUGCUAAAACUCAGGGAAUCCACAUACAAUAUGUGGAUUGAACGGAACGAGGCCCUUGGGCUACACGGAAUCACGAAUAAUGAUUUUGCAGAGAUACUUCUUCACCAGCAACUUACACGAGAGCGUGAUCGAUCUCCUCACGCUCAUUGAGAUGACCUCAAGUGCAUCAAGGUAAAAUAUUGAAUAAUUUUUUAAAAAACUCUCUUUUUAGUAUGCCAUUAUGGCAGUUUUAUUAUUUCGCAAUUUUUUUCUAUACAUUGCGUGGCCUUUCGUGUUUUUUGGUACUAAGAAGGCAGCUAUUUCUCCAGUCCACCCCCAUGGGUAAAGAAAUCAGGACUGAGAAUAUCACAGUUUCCCCUUUAUCCUUUGCUGGUGCUGCAGAAAACUCAAGUUUGAGCAAGUGAGUACUUUUAAUUUAGCCUAGAGUCUACAAUCGGUAUGUUGUGUAAAAAGGAUAGGCUUGGAAACCUUGUACUAAUAUCAUACAGCAAUAAUGAGUUUCUUCAUGGCUUCGUUCAUGUUUUCUUGUAUUUAGGAUUGAAGUUGAUGAGCUAGAGAAAGACCAACUGAGUGGGCACAGGACUCUUUUGGAUGACUUUCUAAUUGGAAUCCCCUGUUUUCCUCUCUAGAGGGAAAUCCUCACUCAGAGGCAGAGACUAUGAGUGAAGUGGAGUAAGUGUCUAUUUCUCUUUGCAUUUCUUGAGACAAUUUUUUUUUGAUGAGAUAAAAACUCCCACUCUUACAUCAGUUCAUAGCAUCUGCUUUCGCCCUUGCUACCACCAUAGAUUUUUAAGAUUGACCAUACCAAUGUCUAUAUCCUGAAAGGGGGCGCGCAAUCAGAUAUUAUAAUAAUGUCAGGGAUGGGCAAAACUAUUUUCUGCAUAUAUUUGUGAUCCUAAGACCCUCUUUGGGUUUUGGAAUUUUGCAGUGUAGUGGCCUAAUUUUACCGCACAGAAUGGAAUUUUAUGCCGACAAAACAACGUUACUUGGAUCUGAAUUUUUACAUCCUGUUACUAUUAAUUUUUUUUAUCCCAGAAAGUUCUGUUGCACUGUUCAGUGCAUUAGCAAUAUUCUAUUUUAUCAGCUUCACCUAUUACAUGACACACAGCGAAAAAAACAAAGCUUAAUAAGUAAGCAUUCAUUAUUAGGCAAAGAUUCCACAACACCAACAAGCCAAUUACAGUGGUCCCAGAGUUUAAGAACAACAAAGAAGCUACAUUCGACAUUACAUGAUGGAUAGAUGGUAAUAAUGGUAGAGUUGUCAUUUCAGAUCUGGUGAUCGUGCUUCUGAUGCUAGUGACUCCGAGACUGCAAAUAGCUGGGACAACAGCAAUCAGUUCAGUGAGUCUGAUGAUGGCAAUAGGAGUGAAGAAGAAAUAACUUUUGAAAAUAUUGAAGUCGAUCAAACAAGGUAAAGAAUGAUAUGUACUUGUUUAUAUUGCCAUGGCAAUUUGGAAAAGAGUACUUAUAAACACCGAAACUAAAUUUUAGUAUUUUAAAAAGAUUUUUUAAAUGUUUAUUAGGCUGGAAUGUUGAAUUUAUGAUGAUAUGUUUAUGCUAUGUUACUGUUAUUUUUACAGUUUUUUGUCCAAACUUGACAGCGCCACAUUGACAGCCACGGACAUUGUCCAUUGGACGUUAAGAAGGUUGCUCUGCUAGCAAAGAGCAUGAAUUUGAAUUUUGUUUCCUCUUCCACAUUCUCAAGGGUUCAGAGUCUAUAUGCUGUACCCACCAUCAGGGACAUGUGGGAUAAAAUGAAGGAAGUAGUUUGGAAGGUUUUUGAGAAUGAUGUUCUUGUGGUUUGUGGUGAUGGAAGGAUGGAUUCCCCUGGGUUCAGUGCUAAGUACUGUGUGUAUACAAUGAUGGAGCACUACCUUAAUGUCACUGUGGAUCUUGAGGUGGUUGACAAACGGGAAGCAGGUGGUACGUCCUCUUUAAUGGCUUUCACGUCAAGCAUUUGACUGGCAAUCGGAAAGUAAUUUAUCUGGAUUUAUCGUGUAAUUUACAGCAGAAUGUAGCUCACAAGAUACUUCUAACACUUUAAAAUGUAAAUGGCAGAGAAUCGAAGGCGAAAAGCUGCACCAAGUUCACAGAUAACUUCCUACUUUUCUAAGGAGCAACAGAAGGACGGUAAGUGUUUUUCUGUUGAAUAAUAAAGCAGUCUUUCACAUCGUUUUUUGUCACGUAGUGCACGUGCAUGUGCUUGUGUGAAUAGAAUGAAUAAAUUAGUUUUGAAGUGGAAAUGGUGAGUAUUUAAAUAUUACAAAACUAAUUCGAGUUAUCUUUUACGAAAAUUAGGAAUGAUGUUUAGAGUUGAAUUAAAAAAGACCAAGCAAAGGGUUUCUGUGUUUUUUUACUUUCUCUUUGCUGUGUAAUUCUUCACUGAAUAUUCCGCUUGAUUAACUCAUGGGAAUUGCGGCGCGACAUGUCUCGUGACCUCGUAUGUCACAUUUAUCUGUUGAUUUGUGAAUUAAAUUCCGCUUUUAAACCGUUCUAUCAUCCUUAAAAACAGAUUCACGUCACAUAUAACAAGUUUGGAAAAUUUUUUCGAGAAAUUCGUGAGAAAUAAAAAUAUCGCAAAGCAAACAGCGCUGAUAAUUUAAUUAGAACAUCGGCAACUUAAACGAUCCAGAUGUAACAUGUUUUUCUGAUGACGGGUGAAGAAUCACUAAAAAAUACCUUAGUUCAAAAAAGAAAAAAAAAAUUUCAUAAUGCACGUCAAUCUGGUCUAAGGUGCUUUGACCACCCAGCUGGAAGAAAGCAGAACAGGUGUGGCUGAUGAUUUACCAGUUUCCACCCCUUGUCAUAUGCCCUGUAGUUCUACAGCAAGCUCCUCCACUCAAGCUACAGCAAUGGCCUCACAACCAUCUAGUUCAUGUGAAGUUCUGUUGAGUGCUAAAGAAUGCGAAGACCUAAUAGCUCAGUUCUUUGGUACAAACAAAGUAGUACACAGCUAUUACACAUGUCCUUCCAAACUGUGCAACAGCUUACUAAGGCAAGAAGAAAUAGCAAGACUGAAGCAACAGAAGAAGAAGUACAUUCAUACUUGGUGCCAAGAGAGGGAACAUUGGUGGCUUUGUUUUUCAGGGGUGAAGGUCUGUUCUGUCUGUUACGCAAUAAGCACGCCAUAAAAACGGUGCAAAAUAAAGAAGAAUCAGCCUUCACGCAAACAGCAAACAUGUGAUUAAAGUACGAUGCCCUUAAGGUACAUUCUGAUUCUGACCGACAUCAUAAAGCAGUCAGUCAAGAGCUUUUACAGCGCAUGUCUGUAUUCCAUAAAGAAGUUGUUGAAUGACAAAAAACUGCCAAGGACGUAUUGGAGAAGGCUUUUUUGGUUGCUUACUUUCUGGCAAAGGAGCACAUUGCAAACAGAAUGUUUCUUAACUUGAUUAAGUUUGCCGAGGAUUCCCUUGUUGUGAACCAACUCAAAUACUUCAAUCACAGGUCUGAAGCAUCUAUCCGAGAAAUCUUCCUCGUCUUGGCAGAAACCAUCAAGGAAGAAAUAGUGCGCAGUGCACAAAAGGUCCAAAGUUAUGGGCUCAUGGUGGAUGAAGUCACUGACAUCUCUGUGCAAUCCCAAAUGCUUACAUUCAUACAGUUUGUAAGCUCUGUUACUUCUUGCAUGGAGAUUGCAUUUCUGCCAGUGCAAAACGUCCUAGAGGAAUAUGCAAGUGCCAAUGCUGAUGCCCUAACAUCCCUUAUCAAGGAUGAGUUGCAGCAGUGCGGCUUAAGUCUAACAAAUCUUGCGACAGAUGGGGGGCUUCAGUGAUGACUGGAAAAAAGAACGGUGUAACAACAAAGCUUAAAGAGCUGAACCCAGUCUUGAUCAGUGUUCACUGCAUUUGUCAUAAGCUGGCCUUAACUUGCACUGAUACCAACAGGUAUCAGGUGAGGUGCCAGUGCCCUCAAAGUUGUAACGAAUCGCUGCAGAAGUCGCCUGCAAAAUGAUAUGCUCGAAGCAAUGCUUCAUGUCAGAUCAAUGGGCCAGCAUUGGGAAGUCCAAAGAUGGAAUCCCUAUUGAAACAAGCAGUUGAGAAAUGGCUCAGCAGAAAAAAUAGAAAGAAGCUCCCAAGCAGACAACAUGCCCUUCUCACUACCACAGAAGCUUCCCAGAAGCUCCCCUUCCUGUACACAUUCCAAAAGAGGUAGCUGAUGUUUCCAUCCAAACAGUUGCUGACGCUGUUGAAGAAAAUGCCCUAUAUGAGGUUCAGCAUCAGGUUGAGGAAGUUUCCACUCUCCUAGACAUCUCAAUUGGACUGCCAGACAGCAAGGAUUAUGACAGUGCAUUUGAAUCUGACUCUGAUUUCUAG